AUGGCACUCAAUGGCAAGGCUGAUGAAUCGGAAACUUAUUCAGCUUUAGGAUUGGUUGAUUCAGGGAAAGGAAUAAGUUGUUCCGGAACUCCCCACGUUGUAUCAAUUGUUUCAUCUGUUCUUGAGAGAGCGAUUCAGAAGAAUGAGAACCUACUGAAGGCAUCGAACAAGAAGGAUGUUGUUACCAUAUUUCACGGUUCAAGAGUUCCCAGCUUAAGCGUCAGACAAUAUAUGGAACGCAUCUUUAAGUACUCAAACUGCACCCCUUCUUGCUUUGUUAUUGCAUACAUAUACAUCGAUCAAUUCCUUCAAAAACUCAAUGCUUACCUUACAAGCCUCAACGUGCAUCGCCUUCUGAUUACCAGUAUCAUGGUUGCUGCAAAAUUUUACGAUGAUGAGUAA